AUGGCGGCGGCCGCGCGGUGGGACCGGGCUCAGGGCUCCGUGACCUUUGAAGAUGUAUUUGUGUACUUCUCCCGGGAGGAGUGGGGGCUCCUUGACGAGACGCAGAGAAUCCUGUACCGAGACGUGAUGCUGGACAACUUCGCCUUGGCAGCCUCCCUGGGUUGUUGGCGAGAAGCAGAAGCAGAGGAGGCACCUUCUAAGCAGGAAGCUGCUGUGGAAAGAGUGUCCCAGGUCAGGAUUCCGUCCACCCAGAAAGUCCACUGCUGUGGGAGGUGUGGCCUAGUCCUGGAGGACAUCAGAAAGCAUCAGAAAUUUCACAGUGGAAAAAGGCAUUACACAUGUGGUGAAUGCGGCAAAGCUUUCUGCUGCAAAGACACCCUCCUUCAACAUCAGAGGGUUCACACUGGACAACGGUCCUUUGACUGCAGUGAAUGUGGAAAAGCCUAUAGCAGAAGUUCCCACCUUGUUCAGCACCAGAGAAUUCACACUGGAGAAAGGCCCUAUAAGUGUGAGGAAUGUGGCAAGGCCUUCAGCCGCAAGGACACGCUUCUUCAGCACCAAAGAUUUCACUCAGGUGAACGGCCCUAUGAGUGCAGCCAGUGUGGAAAAUUUUUCAGCCAAAGCUCCCACCUGAUUGAGCACUGGAGGAUCCACACAGGGGCACGGCCUUAUGAGUGCAUUGAAUGUGGGAAAUUCUUCAGCCACAACUCUAGCCUCAUAAAACACCGCAGAGUCCACACAGGUGCCAGGCCUUACGCAUGCCGUGAAUGCGGGAAAGCCUUCAGCCGCAAGGACACGCUUGUUCAGCACCAGAAAACCCACACAGGGGAAAGGCCUUACGAGUGUGGGGAGUGUGGGAAAUUCUUCAGCCAUAGCUCCAACCUUCUGGUCCACCAGAGAAUCCACACUGGAGCAAAGCCAUAUGAGUGCAGCGAGUGUGGGAAAUGUUUUAGUCACAACUCUAGCCUCAUUCUGCACCAGAGAGUCCACACAGGUGCACGGCCAUACGUGUGCAGCGAAUGUGGCAAGUCCUACAUCAGUAGCUCUCACCUUGUCCAACACAAGAAAGUCCACACCGGAGCCAGGCCUUACAAGUGCAGCGAGUGUGGGAAGUUCUUCAGCCGCAACUCCAGCCUCAUCUUACACCAGCGAGUUCACACGGGCGAGAAGCCCUAUGUGUGCAUUGACUGCGGGAAGGCCUACAGCAGGGGCUCCCAUCUCGUCCGACACAAGAAAGUGCACACCAGGAAACAGUCUCCCGGGCACAGUGGUGUACCUUUACCAGCUGCUCUUUGA